AUGUCUGGCAAAGGUGGAAAAGGUAAAGGAAAGGGAGGAAAAGACAGUGGAAUCCGCUCUCAGUCACACUCAGCUCGUGCUGGUCUUCAGUUUCCCGUCGGUCGUGUAAAGAGAUUUUUAAAGAAGAGCGUUCAAAACAAAGUCAGAGUUGGUGCCAAAGCAGCCAUUUACAUCGCCGCCGUACUCGAAUACUUAACAGCAGAAGUUUUAGAGCUUGCUGGAAAUGCUGCUAAGGAUUUGAAAGUCAAGAGAAUUACACCCCGUCACUUACAACUUGCUAUCAGAGGUGAUGAAGAGUUGGAUACGCUUAUCAAAGCCACUAUCGCGUAUGGAGGCGUUUUACCACACAUCAACAAGGCUCUGCUACUGAAGGUGGAGCAAAAGAAGAGAAAAUAA